AUGGCUCAACCGGCAGAGAAAGCGAUUGGUGUGACACACAUCAAAUCGUACAUUCCCUUGGUCUUUUAUAUGCAGAAGAUGAACUAUGAUGCGUGGCGUGAACUAUUUGAGACUCACUGUCUCAGCUUCAGUGUUUCUGGUCAUCUCGAUGGGACCUCGGUUCAUGCAACUCCUCAAGACACGGCCUGGAAAGAGCGUGACGGUCUGGUCAAAAUGUGGAUCUAUGGAACGAUCUCUCCUUCUCUUCUCGACACGGUCCUCAAAUCGCGUUGCACUGCUCGUGAGCUUUGGGUCACUAUCGAAAACCUCUUCAGUGUUUCUGGUCAUCUCGAUGGGACCUCGGUUCCUGCAACUCCUCAAGACACGGCCUGGAAAGAGCGUGACGGUCUGGUCAAAAUGUGGAUCUAUGGAACGAUCUCUCCUUCUCUUCUCGACACGGUCCUCAAAUCGCGUUGCACUGCUCGUGAGCUUUGGGUCACUAUCGAAAACCUGUUCCAUGAUAAUAAGGAGGUCCGAGCAAUUCAACUAGAGAACGAGCUGCGAUCCUUCACGAUUGGUGAUCUCUCUGUUCUUGAUUAUUGUCAAAAACUCAAGUCAAUAUCUGAUUUGCUUGCUAAUGUCGACUCUCCUAUCACUGAGCGCUCGUUGGUGAUACAUAUGCUGAAUGGGCUUUCUGAAAAAUUUGAUAACAUUCACAAUGUCAUCAAACACAAGUCACCAUUCCCCUCGUUUGGUGCUGCUCGGUCUAUGUUGCUUCUGGAGGAAGAGUGUCUCAACAAACCCUCCAAACUGGUAACCUCUGCUCCUCUUGGUACCUCUACACCUCAUCUGCUCUACACCGACGCAGGUUCAUCAACGCCUCAAUCACAUCAUGCGACCAACAAUCGCAAUUCAUCUCCGCAACACUUUCCUCCUCACACCAACCGUGGACAUCAAAACAGAGGACGUGGUCGUGGUCGCAACAACGGUUAUCGUGGACGUGGUCGGCACAACAAUCACCACAACAUUAACAACUCAUGGAUGCCGCAACAACCAUCGUACUGGCCAGUUCCACCCCACCAGCAACCGUGGAUUCCACAACAGUGGCGUCCAUCUCCCAUGGUGUAUCAUGUUACCACUACUCUGCCUCACAACAAUGGUAUUCUCGGGGCGUAUCCUUCCUCGGUGCCAACUGGACCUCCGAUGCCAACUGCAAUUCCGCCGAACAUUGCUCAAGCUUUCGGCACCAUGUCGCUGCAGAACCCGCAGGAUUCCAAUUGGUAUAUGGAUACCGGCGCCACCGCACACAUCACGUCGGAACCAGGACUUGAGCACACGGACUCCUCUUCUCCGAUGUGA